AUGUCUGCUGAUAUCGAAACAUUCUAUGGAGGAUCGGUCUUGGCAAUGGCAAGCGAAAAUGCUGUUGCCAUCAUGAGUGACAGGCGUCUUGGAAUGGGCCCGAUAACCGUAUCAAAGGAAUUUACCAGAAUACACAAAAUAGGGCCAAGACUAUAUGUAGGAUUGCCUGUGUUCAUUCCAGACACCCAGGUUCUUCUUAAAAAGAUAAGGAAGAACUACAACCUGUUCAGACUGGAGGAACAAAGAGAGAUGGAGCCUGAAGAGCUCUCUAGUAUGAUUUCGUUUCUUUUAUAUUCAAAAAGAACAUCUCCAUACAUCACUUCGCCAAUAGUUGCAGGGUUGACGAGCGAUGGCAAGCCUUAUGUUUCUUCAAUGGAUUCCAUCGGGUCUAUAACAUCCCCUAAAGACUUUGUGGCUGCCGGAACUGCAGGUGACAAUCUUAUAGGGAUCUGCGAGGCCCUUUAUAGGCCAGGUAUGGAUGAGGAAAACCUGUUUGUGACAUGCACUCAAGCAUUCCUUAAUGCUGUGGAUAGAGAUGCUCUCUCUGGAUGGGGGGCAGAUUGCUAUAUCAUUAGCCAGGGAAAUGUCACCAAGAGGUCGAUUAAAGGAAGAUGUGAUUAG